AUGUCGGAGAGAAGAGAAACUGAAGAGCAGGAGGUGAAAGAAGGUGAGGGGCAGAACACGGAAACAACCCCCCAGCCAGGUGAAAGUACUGCAGAGCAGCCGCCAGAGGACGACGGAGAGCCGAGAAGUGAUGGGGGGCAGGUGAAGCUGGAGAGCUGGACCGCAGGUGAGUUCAAAGAAGCAGAAACUCAGGCUGAUGUGAACGAUGACACCGAGCAGCUGGAGGAGCCUCAGAAAACUCCAGGUGAUGGAAAAUGUACAGAUGCAGUGGAGACGGUAGAAGAAGCUGAAACUCAGACGGAUCUACCUGAUGAUGCCGAGCGGCUUCGAGAGCAUCAGAGAAAAGACAAUGUUGGAAACUCUACAGCUACAGUGAAGGUGCUGCUGGUGCCAGAGGGCCAUGUGAUGACGGUGGCCUUCGCCAUCGGCCUCAGCAUUGAGGAGCUGAAGCGUCACCUGGCCUCAGAGCUCCGGGUUCCUGCCGAGGUGCUGCAGCUCUCUCUGGACGGUCGAGCGGUGGAAGAGGAGCGGAGCCUCAUGGAGCUCGGCGUCCGGCCACACGGCUCCACCCGGAUGGAGAUGAGCUCCACCGACCCGACCGUCCACCCGCUGCGCCCCCUCCGGCCCCCGGAGCAAGACAACAUGCCGGACGUCAUCACUGUCCGAGUUCAGACAGAUGAGGGCGUGUUCCAGGAGGUGGUGGUGGAGAUUGAGCGUCCCCGCCAGCAGAAGGCCUUCCUGGGCGGCUACAGGCACCGGCUGACGGGGACGGAGUACCGCAACGCAGCCGUCCAGACCCUGCCCAAGAGGAGACCUGACGGAGGGGUGGUGGUCUUCAGCCGCGACACACAGACAGCGGAGCUGACGCGUCAGGCCCAGCAGUGUCCAGUCAACGCCUCCACCCAGACGACCCGGGGCGGCUGCUACGUCUCCCAUCUGAAAGACAAGCUGGUCGUCCCCGGCAACUACAUCACAGCUGACGAGCAUCAUGCCAGGAGGCUGAGAGCUGUGAUCCGCCUGCAGUCGUUUGUUCGGCGCUGGCUGGCCCGGCGGCAGGUGGAGGCGCUGAGGAGGGAUCGGGACCGACGGCUGGCCUGGCUGGAGAUGCAGGAGAGGAGGAGGACGGAGGAGAAGGAGGAGCAGCUGAGAGACCGCCGCCAACGCUGGAGGAACCCGCAGAGGAGGGAGGACUUCAACCUGCUGUACCACGCUCUGGAGAAGUGGAGGCUCGAGGCGGAGCAGCGCAUCAACUCCUCCCUGCGAGGAGCUGAGAGGAAGGCGGCUCUCUGCUCGCUGCUGGAGCGGGAGACGCAGCUCAUCGCCACCAUCGGACGCCAUCGCAUCGCCGCCCAGGAGAGCAACUACGACCAAGCUGUCAGGAGACUCCUGGACAAGUCUGCGGCUCCUCAUCAGUGGGCGGCAGCAGACGGUCGACUCAUCCAGAUGGAGACUCAACACACACUGAGAGCCAGACAGCUGCGAGACCUGUACAACAACCAGAACCAGACCACUACAGACCAGGACCAGAGACUCCAAGUCCUCAUGACACUCAAACACACUGUCAAGGAGCACACGUGUCAGCUGACCCGGGACAUCGUGGAUUUGAUUGACAGGGAGGUGGACCUGAUGACUCGGGGGGUUAAGGCAGCCAAUCUGGCGGGGCUGAGGGAGAGGAUCUCCACUCUGUUCCUCCAGUACAUCAAAACACCAGCGUUUAACCCUGAGGUGGCCAGGCUGCUGAAGGUUCCCCAGAACCCCUCCCAGCUGAAGGACGGCAUGUUCUUCUGUCGGGGCUGUCAUCGCUACCUGCAGUUUGCGGACUUCAGCCCGUCUGCCAGCGCCCGUCUGAGCGGGCGGUGCCGCGACUGCGCCGGACUCGACAACAUAGCGAGAUCCCGCCACGACGUCUCCUGCUACAGAAACAUCCUGAGGAGGCUGAGGGACGACGAGCUGCGGCUCAACAGGGACGCCAAGAUUCCCGUCCUGCUGCAGGCGGAGGAUGUGCGGUACCUGGUGGAGGUGGUCUGGGCGUCCCGCUCGGCCCUGAACGGCAGCAGAGACCUCUACAGCCUGGUGUUUGUCCGCUGGGACCGUCGGAGGGACUUCAGCCCCUGGAACUGCAUCCUGCUGUCCAAAGAAGAGACUUCAGCUCACAUGGAGGUGGAAGACGUCCACAAGGUCUACGAGGCGACGUUCAUCCGCGGGAUCGAGCACAAACACACGCUGGCUCGGCGCCACUUCAGUCAGUUCUCCGUCAUGGACGAGUACCUGGACUCUAAGCUGGCCACUGCCCCGGGCAACCAGCGUGUCUCCAAGCCCGUCACCAUGGCGACAGGCGAGCACGCCACCGACAUCACACCAGCACUGGCUCAUUAA